AUGGUGAAUACUUUUAUUCUUUUUUUGUUUAGUUCUAUUUGUUUUGGUUACUAUUGUUUAAAAGAACAGAAGAACGAUAUUAUAUUAUAUACUAACACUUCAUGUAUUGACCCAACAAUAAAAAAUCUAGAAUUUGUUGGAGAUUAUACUAAUUACUCAUCUUUUAUUAUAGACAUAUAUAGUGUUUAUUCAUUUGUUAAAUUUGGUUCACCAGACAAAACAUUUCAAGCAAAUAAAGUUGUAAUUCAACUAAAACAAAAAUUGAAUAAUCUAUAUUCAAUUAAUUUUAAUCAUAUUGAAACAAACUUUGAGCUCUACUUAACAGACAAUAAUUAUUUAUUUGGAGGUAUCCAAUUAAACUUUUGUAAUGGAAACAGUCCAACAAAAAUAAUUGGAGACGUUGAUACAUUGUGGAUUUAUGGAAAUGAUGACGUUAAAUUUAAUUAUCAUUUACCUAUUCAACGCACUUAUUUCUCUUCAACUAAUACUAUGUUAAAACUACCGUUUAGUGAUGGUAUUCGUUAUUUAAUAUCAUCGUAUGAAGGGACAAUCAAUCAAAUAACAUCAACUUCAUCAAGUGAUGAUUAUUUCAAUCAAACAUGUGGUGGAAUGGUUCGUUAUUUUAGUAUUAAGAAUAUUAAGUUUCAUAGUGCAACAUCAAAAUGUUUGCGUUCAUUCACAAAGGAUGAAGAAGAUGAUUUCAACUUAUUUAUUGUUACUAUUAUUAUGUCUUUAUUACCUAAUUAUAAUUAUUACAUGGCAUUAUCAACAAAUAAUUAUAUUAUUAGAAAUAACUAUGGAACAGAUAUUCAUAAAGUAUAUACAUAUCCUAAUCAAUGGUUAAAAUAUGAAUCAUCAAAUCAAACAACAUUCAAUAUUUAUAGAAAGAAAGAACCAUAUCAAAGAAUUGAAUUUAGUUUAACAAUUGAAACAUCAAAUGAAGGAACAACAUCAAUUAAAGAAGUAGAAAAUAAUGAUAAAUCAAUUUCAACAGUAAUUAUUUCUUCUUCAAAACCAUUAACUGAUUUAACUAAAGUUGAAUUUUUAGAAACAACAUCAACAAAGAAAAGUCAAAUAAUGAUUAUUGGAAUGAAUGGAAUAACAUUAGAUAGUAUUGGAUAUAAGAAUUGUAAUAUAAUGAUUUAUAAACAAGAAAUACAGGAAUGUAUUGAAUGUGAAAAAGGAUAUUAUUUAAAUUCAAAUAAAGAAUGUCAAUUAUUACCAGAUAAUUGUAUUGUAGGAUAUAAAACAUAUUGUUAUCAAUGUAAAGAAGGAUUUAUUAAAGAAAAAGGAGAGUGUAAAGAAAUUGAUAAUAAAUGUAAUAAAUCAGAAAGAAAUUAUUGUUUAAAAUGUUCAAAUGGAUAUAAAAUAGAAAAUAAUCAAUGUAAUGGAGAUAAAGAAGAUCAAUGUUAUUAUGAAGGAAAUGAAUGUGUAUCAUGUUCAAAUAGAUAUACAUUAAAUAAUGGAAAAUGUUCAAUUAAAGAAAAGAAUCAAAAUGGAAAGAAUGAAGAAAUAUAUUGUGAAAAUGGAAAAUACAUCAAUAAUAAUAAAUGUAUAGAAUGUUCAAAAUCAGAAAUAUGUCAAACAAAUGAUAUUGAAAUAAAAUGUAAAUAUGAAGAAUAUUUAGAUAAUAAUAAAUGUAUAAAUAAAACAUGUGAAGAAGAUAUGAUAAAAGAUCAAAAUGGAAAAUGUAAUAAUAAUAAUAAUAUUGAAUAUUGUUUAAAUAAAUCAUAUGUUAAUGGAAAAUGUGUUGAAUGUUUAAAUACAUAUUCACCUAAUUUGAAGGGAGAAUGUAUUAAUACAAAAAUAGAAUAUUGUGAAGAACAAAAUACAUAUGGAUGUAAAAGAUGUGAAGAAGGAUAUUAUUUAACAAAAGACAUGAAAUGUUUAAAAUGUGAUGAUAAAUGUGAAACAUGUUAUGGAACAUCUACAUAUUGUAUGAGUUGUUCUAAUGAUAAAUAUUUAAGAAAUGAUAAAACAUGUCAAUCAAAUGAAGAACUAAAUGGAACAUGUUUACGAAUAUUGCCAGAUGGAAGUGGAUGUGGAAUAUGUAAUAAAGGAUAUUAUAGAAAUGGAAAAGGAUGUUCAAAAUGUGAAAAAGAAUGUUUAACAUGUAAUCAAAAAGAUAAAUGUAUAAUAUGUGGAGAAGGAUAUUUUAUGAGUUCAACAGGAAUAUGUAAAUCAACAACAACAAUUAAAGGGUGUAAAGGAGAAAUAGAUAAAGAAUAUGGAUGUAGAGAAUGUUUAACAGGAUAUUAUUUAAUAAAUAAAGAAUGUUCAAAAUGUGGAAAUAAAUGUAUAACAUGUUUAAAUGAGAAAGAAUGUAAUACAUGUGAAGAUGAAUAUAUAAUAAUAAAUAAAGAAUGUAUUCAUUAUUCAAAUAUUAAUAAAUGUAAAGAAACAAAAAAUAAUAAAUGUUCAAAAUGUUCAUUUUGGUAUGGAAUCAAUGAAGAAGGAACAAAAUGUAAUAAAGAAAUUAAAAGAAAGAACAAGAGAAAACAACAACAAUAUUUAAAAUUUCACAAUCAAAUAUCAAAUUCAUAA